AUUCAGUAGCCUUCGAGCAGUCUACAACAGAAGUGCACGAUGAGAGUUCUGAUUGUCGCCGCCGUCCUCGCCUACGCCGCAGCCGCGCCCUCCGGCGUCCUGCUGGGUCAUGGUUUGGGUUACGCUGCCGCCCCCCUGGCGCUCGCCCACGCCCCAGUGGCUCUAGCGCACGCCGCCCCUGUUGCCGUAGCGCAUGCCGCUGCUCUGCCCACCAUCUCUUCCGGAGACAUCCAAGGUGCCGCCAUCGACGCGCACGUUGACGCUUCUGAUCAUGCCCGCGCUGCCGUCGAUGCCGCCCGUGAAGCCCAUGACCAACACUCUGAACUGGCCGGACAAGCUGUAAACGCCGCUGAAGACCACUCCUGGCAAGCGUUGGACGCCGUGAAGACUCAAGAAGCUCAACUUGACGGUGCCGCCGCUGGUGUCGCCCCCGUGUUGGCUAAACAGCUCGCCGGACAUGCCGCAUAUGCCGCCCCCGUGGUGAGCCAUGCCGCGUACGCCGCCCCCGUGGUGAGCCAUGCCGCAUACGCCGCCCCCGCGGUCCACGCUUACGGCGCCGCUCCCGCGGUCCAUGGCAUCGCCGCCGCCGCGUACGCCGCACCAGCCAGCCAGACUGUCGUCACCCAAUCCCUGACCCAAUCGCAUCCCACCCCCGUCGUCCACGCUCCCGUCAUCGCCCACGCCGCCCCCGUCGCUUACGCGCAUGGCGCGCACGGUCUUGCCCACGGAUGGUAAACUGUUAUAACAAUUUAGAUACCAAAUAGUAGUACUUACUCCAUUUUGGAUUGUACAUAAAUUAAUUUAAAAAAAAAUACAGAUGCAAUAUAGGCGAGGAUGAGUGAGUGAAUAAACGAAAUAGUAAUU